UCGGACACCUUCAGCACAACAAAGCAUGUGUCGCUCCGCAACAUUGUUUCUCCUCUGAACGUGCGGAAUAUAGGAUUUUGUCGGAUUUUGUGCUGUUUGCUUUCCCAUCGAUGCUAAUCCAAGAGUAGUGGCUACCAUGACAACAGAGGCGAGCGCAGUGAGCGAGGCGGACAAAGAGGGCAAGCAGAAGACCAGCAGCGCCGAGCCCGAACCCGAACCAGAGAACAAGCAGAAGCCAGAGGCAGCUGCAUCUGAACGGGAGGGGGAGCAGUCGAGCAAGAAGGCCCAGGAGCAGGCCUCUGAGCCUGGGCCUGCUGACGUAGCUACCUCCCCUGAGGAGGAGCAACUGAAGCCUCGUACCCGAACCUCUGCUGGCAAAGGCCUGUCUCGCCUCUUCUCCUCUUUCCUCAAACGCCGCUCACAGUGCUCAGAGGGAGAGGGGUUUGAGGCAGAGAAAGCCAAGGAGGAGAAGGCUGACAAAGAAGAAAAAGCUGACAAGGCAGAAGAGGAGAAGCAGGAAGAGGUGAAAAGUGAAGAAGAGCCGGCUAAACCAGAGGUAAAAGAAGUGAAAAAGGAGGAAGAGAAAGAACAAAAACAGGAGAAAGAAAAGGAGGAAGAAAAGGUUGAGAAGAGGGGCAGUAAAAAGAAAAAGAAAGACGCCAAGAAGAAAGGAGAGAAGAAGGAUGAGGAGAAAGUGAAAAGCGACGAGGAGAAAAAGGAAGAGGAGCAGGUGAAAAAAAAAGAGGAGCCAAAGGAGGAGGAGAAAGCACAGAAGACUGUAGAAAAGAAGGAGGAAAAAUUGGAGACAAAAGAAGAAGAAAAGAAGGAGACUGCUGAAGUGAAAGACAAGGGGGUGGAAGCCGAAAAGAAAGAGGGUAAAGAGGAGGAAAAGGUUGACAAGAAGGUUGCAAAGAAAAAAGAAAAGGAGGACAAGGUGAAGAAGAAGGAGGAGGAAAAGGCAAAGAGGAAAGCAGAGGAAGAAGAAAAGGCCAAGAAGAGAGAAGAAGAGAAAGCAAAGAAGAAACAAGAAGAGAAGGCGAGAGAGGCCGAAAAACUAAAAAAGAAAGAAGAGGAGAAGAACAAGAAGAAGGAGGAGGAGAAGACAAAAGACGAGAAGGCAAAAAAGAAAGAAGAGGAGAAACCAAAAGAGGAGCCAAAAAAGAAAGAAGACGACAAGGCGAAAGAGGAGGUGAAGAAGAAGGAGGAGGAAAAAGUGGACGAGAAGCAAAAGAAGGAAGAGGAGAAGGGGAAGAAAAAAGAGAAGGGGAAGAACAAAGGAAAGAAGGAGGAGAAGGAGGUGAAAGGGCCAAGUGAGGAGCAGGUGAAAGCACCGAUUGCAGCUCCAGAGCCUGAGCUUAAAACGGAGCCAGACACUGAGCAGGCUCCUGAUCAGCACUCGAUAAGCAGCGGAGAGACACAGCAGGCUCAAGAGGAACACAAGGGCGAAGCUGCGAUAACGAAGGAGCCCGAAGAAGUUGUGGAGGAGGUGAAGAAGGAGGACACGGAGAAAAAAGAGGAAGAACCAGCAGAACAAGAGAAGGAAGGCAAAGGAGAGGAGAAGGCAAAGGAGGAGACGAAGAAGGAGGCAAAGAAAGAGGCAAAGACGGAGAAGCCUGUAAAAGAAAAGAAGACUGAAAAGAAGACAGAAGAGGCUAAAGGCUCCAAACGUCAGAAAACCAUGCAAUGCAAAGUCACCUUACUCGACGACACUCAGUUUGAGUGUGAGCUUGAUAAACAUGCUAAAGCCCAAGAACUUCUUACAAAGGUGUUCGACCAUGUCAACCUGCUGGAGAGAGAUUACUUUGGCCUCGCUACCUGGGAAAGCCCAACCAACAAGACAUGGUUGGAAUCCACCAAAGAGAUCCGGAAACAGGUGUCAGGUGCUGUGUAUGAGUUUACAUUCAACGUGAAGUUCUACCCUCCUGAUCCAGCACAGCUCACUGAAGACCUCACCAGGUACUUCCUGUGCCUCCAACUGAGGAAGGACAUUAUGCGUGGUGUUCUUCCCUGUUCCUUUGUCACACUGUCCCUGCUGGGCUCCUACACAGCCCAGUCAGAGCUAGGAGAGUAUGACCCAGAGCUUCAUGGACCAGAUUAUGUAAAGGAUCUGAGCCUGGCCCCGGGACAGAGCAAAGAGCUGGAGGAGAAGGUGAUGGAGCUGCAUCGCACAUACAGGUCAAUGAGUCCAGCCCAGGCCGACAUGUUGUUUCUGGAAAAUGCCAAGAAACUGGCCAUGUAUGGAGUUGACCUGCACCAAGCUAAGGAUCUUGAUGGUGUUGACAUCACGCUGGGUGUUUGCUCUAGUGGUCUGAUGGUUUACAAGGACAAGUUGAGGAUCAACCGUUUCCCCUGGCCCAAAGUGCUCAAGAUCUCCUACAAACGCAGCAGCUUCUUUAUCAAAAUCAGGCCAUCAGAGCAAGAGCAGUAUGAAAGCACAAUUGGCUUCAAACUGCCCAACUACAAAGCCUCGAAGAAGCUGUGGAAAGUUUGCGUCGAACACCAUACCUUCUUCAGAGUUCCAACAGUAGAGCCCCCCACAUCACGUCGCUUCCUCGUCUUGGGCUCCAAGUUCCGGUACAGUGGACGUACUCAGGCCCAGACCCGCCAGGCCAGCUCCUUGAUUGACCGCCCGGCCCCUCGCUUCACACGCUCUGCUAGCAAGAGGCUGUCCCGUAACCUAGAUGGAGCUGGAGAUGAAACUCUCCAGUACCCGCAGCAAUUCUCAGCAUCAACCAGCUCUGAGGUUGAUGAUUUGUCGCUGCAGCUGACAUCUGACAAACCUCAGCAUUCUCCUGAAUUCCAAGCCAGAGGGGAGUCUGAGCAGACUUUCAUUGAGUCCAGGGAGGAAGGGCAGUCUGUUCACACAGUCACAGUAACCUGGCAGGACACUGAGGCUGGGCAGACUGGCUCUCAAACCACCACCACCCAGACAGUCAGUCAGCCGUGGCAGGAGCUGGCAUCUGAUGUACAACAGCAGAUGAGAAAUGAAGAUGAGUGGUCCGUUCUGUUCCAUCGUCAAACUCCUUUUCCCUUUGUCCCAUCUUUUGAUUCUGUGAAACAGCCAGCUAAGCUCAGCUUGGCAAAAACAAGCUCUUUGGACCGGCUGUUGUUCCCAGCACUGACACAGCAAGAUGACUGGUACCUUUACUUUGACCGAUUCUUCAGCCUAUCUUCAUUCGAGCGUGUUGAGAAACCAUUCCCUCCCCAAACUCAGUUCCAGCUCCAGGAGGAGGAUGAGCAGGGCAUGCUUGUCACAGAGCAGAACCUGACCAAUGUGGAGGUCAUUGAGAGGCUGCAGGAAACUGUGACCAUGGUAGACAAGCUGAAAGAGGCAGUUGUUUUGGAAAAGAGGCUGAAAGAAGUUAAGGAUUUAGAGGAAAGGCUCCAAGAAGUGGAUGAGAUGGCAGAAAGACUUCAGGAAGUAAUAGAAGUGGAGUUGGGUAAGGAAGAGGUAGAGAAGUUAAAAGAGGAAGAGAGAGAAUUGGAGCAGCAACAACAAAUACAAGCUGCACGUAUCGCAGAAAACGUCUUGAGGAAAUCUGUGAGCACGGUCGAGACAAAAGAGGAUGAAGUAGAUGAAUUGGAAGAGCAGAUAAAGCAGGUGUUUUUGAAGGGCUUGUUGCCAGAGGAGGAAGAAGUCGAGGUGAAGCAGGAGAGUGAAAAAGAAGUGACAGAAGAGAGUCUGUCAGAUGAUGGCUUGGGAGAAAGGCAAGGUCAGAUAGAAAAGGAAUGGAAAGUCGUGGUGAAGCAGGAGAGUGAAAAAGAAGUGACAGAAGAGAGUCUUUCAGAUGAUAGCAUGAGAGAAAAGCUACGUCAGAUGGAAAAGGAAUGGACAGACAAGGUGAUGGAGGAGCUGAAGUCAGGAUCUUCAGAUGUUGCCACUACCACUUCUGUUGUUACAUACCAGAAGGUGGAGCGUAGGAUUAAGAAGAGGGUGACUAUUGUAGAGGAGAGAGGGCAGAAGCAGGAAGCUGUGGAAGAUGUGCAGGUACAGCGCAGUGUAAUGUCAGAGGAGAGGCUAGAAACAGUGGGGACAUGGCGUAAGACAGAAACACUGGAGGAGAUUACUGAGGGAGAAGUUACAGAGAGGCGUCAGGCUGAGGAUCAAUCUCAGGUGGCAGAUGAGGACAUCUGGUACAUAGUUUUUGACCGCCCUCCGUACAAAGCUGUUUUCACGCCACCAGUUACCAGGGUGGAACGUGCUCAGGUGGAUGAAGGCAAGUAUUUCUCCUCAGACACUGAGAUUACAACAGUUCAGGAGAAAACUGAGAAUACAGUAGAAGAGACACAAACAAGAGAAGAGGAAGUAUGGCGUAUACCAGAGAUCCCACCCCCACAGAUUCUCAUUGAAAGAGAUGACGACUGGUUUUUGUUAUGGGAUGCCGUUCCCAGAGAAACAUCAUAUGUACCACCAGUUACCUGGAAGGAAGGAGACCAGAUUGAUACAGAAGUAUAUGUCUCUGUGGCUCAAACUGCAACCGAGGAGGAGAUUAGAGAAGCAGUAGCUGAAGAGAGAAAGAUAAUAGAGGAGGUGCCAAGAUAUCUACAAGAAAUCCCACAACAGCCAGUGAUAAACAGAGAUGAUGACUGGUUUGUGUUGCUGGAUGUUGUUCCCAGAGAAGCUCCAUAUGUACCUCCAGCAGUUACCCUGAAGGAAAGUGACCAGAUAGAGGCAGAAAGUUUUGUCUCUGUGGCUCAAAUUGCAACCAAGGAGGAGAUUAGAGAGGUAGAAGUUGUACAAGAGGCACCAAGAUACCUACAAGAAAUCCCACAACAGCCAGUGAUAAACAGAGAUGAUGACUGGUUUGUGUUGCUGGAUGUUGUUCCCAGAGAAACUCCAUACGUACCACCAGUUGCUGCUGCAGAGCGUGUUGAAGUGUCCCCAGAAGAACAUGUCUCUGUAGUUGAAAUUACAACCAUUGAGCAGAGAGAAGAAAGAGUGAAGGUGGUGGUAGACACAAAAAUAGAUCAAGUGCUGGAUGUGAAGCAAGUAGUAGCACUGCCACCGGCUGUGAGAGAGAUAGAAGAUGACUGGUUUGUGCUGCUGGAUGUUCCCACUAGAGAACCAUCAUAUGUGCCACCAGUUACAAAGGCCGAGUAUGUUCAGGUUUAUCCUGAAGAAAGAAUUUCUACUGUGGCUGAAAUGAGAACGGUAGAGUCCAGGAAGGAGGUCGUAGUUGAAGACAUGGUGGUGCAGACAGAGGAAAGAGCACAGCAGAAAAUAUCCCAGCCAGUCAUCGAAAGAGAUGACGACUGGUUUCUUUUGCUGGAUGUUGUUCCCAGAGGAACUGCCUACGUACCUCCAGUUCCUCCGGCAAAACCAAGCCAAAUUUAUCCAAGUGUUCAACCUCGAGUUGAAGUGAUAAGCAUAAAGCAGAAGCCGCAGCAGGUUGAUCUUGACCAGAUUAGACUGCAGCCUUCCCAGCCGCUGCCAGAGAGAGAUGAUGACUGGUUUGUGUGGUUUGAUGCCGUUCGUGAAGAGGCAGUCAUAGCACCAUCAGUUACUCCUGUUGAGAUUAUUCCGGAUAAGAGGAAGAUGUUUGAUCUUGAGGUGACAACCACAGAGACCACAACAUGGAAGAAGAUGAUAAUUGGUGUGGACAGCAGGCAAGAUGAGACACGUCUGUCUCAAAUUAGACCUUCACAAGUUGCACCGCCGUCCGAGAGAGAAGGAGGAGAUGAUUGGUUUGUCCUGUUUGACAUCAUCCGUGAAAAGCCUGUUGUCAUACCGCCAGUUGCUGUGGUUAGGCGUAUUGUGGAUGUGAUGCCAGCUACUAAACCAAAACCAGUCAUCAUAGAAGAUGUGAGGCCCUCUGUGAAGUUGGUGGAGAUUAAACCACCGCAGCCGAGACAGGUGGAUGAUGACUGGUUUGUGCUGCUAGAUGUUGCAGCAAAAGUUCCAGUGGCUGUGGAUCAGCGUAUCCGUACAUAUCCUGAAGUAAGACCAGCUAAAGAGUUUGCAGCUGUAGAGCAGAGAGUGCAGAACAGAGUUACCGUAGUGGAGGAGAGGUGGCAACAGGAGAAGGUGGUGCAGCAGAAGCCACGUCCAGUAGUGAGAGAGGUGGACGAUGAUUGGUUUAUUCUUCUGGAUGUGGCCGCUAAGAAAUCAGUCGCCGCCCCUCAACGUGUCCAGUUCCCAGCAGCAGUGAGAGCUCCAACUGCUGUGGCCAAAACGAGGAUUGCUAUUUCUGAGCAGAGACCAUAUUUUGAGAAACGGAUCCUAGAGGAAAGACGUCCAGUCACACAGACGCAUGUCAACGCUGAUUGGUUUGUUCUACUAGAUGGUGGCCUCAAGGAGUCAGUGGUGAGCACACAGAGGGGCACCCGUCCUGUCAGUGCUCCGGUCUUCUCCCAGGCUGCUCUGGCCGAGGCAGGGAUCCCCAUGGCUCCUCUCGAUCAACCCCAGACCUCCACUCCAAUCAAGACCAGCCGCCAAGAGGACAGAAAGCUGGAGGUUACCGUAGAAGCGGUGGAGCCUUCCAAAAUCGAGGCUGUGUCUGAGGUCAAGCCAGCAGUGUGGAGGGACCAGAGAGAAGUAGACUCUUCACUGAUAUCCACCAUCAAUGGGGACAUUCAGCACGAGUCUGAGGUGUCGAUCACGGAGGUGGUGCGAAUGCGAAAGAAAAGAGCUAAGAAAAUUGAGGGUGACUCAAUUUAUAUAAGACAUAGCCUUUUAAUGUUGGAGGAUUUCGAAAAGCCUCAGGAGGACCUGCUCAGGCAUCACGCCAACAUCAGCGAGCUGAAGAGGAACUUCAUGGAAGCCGCACCGGAGAGCAGGCCCAGUGAGUGGGACAAGCGCCUCUCCACGCACUCUCCGUUCCGCACCCUGGGCAUCAAUGGUCAACCUCUGCCCAGUGCAGAUGGGAGUGUGUGCCUUAGUCCCCUUUGCAGUGGUGCAGAGACAAAGACUGCACACGAGGAAACCAGCAGCAAUUUGGGCUUUUCAGGCGUGCCAAGUCCCGCUGUGAGCCACAAGAGUGAGCCUGAUAGUGUUGAAGCCCCCGGUGCUCCACUUGAGGAAGAGUCAUGUGAUCAGGAAGAGGUUGUAGUUUUUGAGACCUCCUUGGUGCCCAUCGUAGAGGUGGAGAUGGCGCAGCUGCCUCCCCCCUUCGACCCCUGCUGUAGAGCUUUAGAUGGGAUCCAGGAGGAAGAAGAAUCAUAUCCAGACGCGUCAGAGGGCUCUGGAAAGAUAGUUGGAUCUUCCCCAGCUUCUUAUUUCAGGAGCGAUGGUCCACAGGUCGUACGCUGCUUCCAGCCCCCUCUGGUGCAGACUCAGACAAUCACCAUCACAGCUGUCUCCAAUUCUUCACCCAGUGGCAUCACCACCACAGAGGUCCCUAUCGUCCCAACCAAGACCUUCAUCUAUGAGUCUUCAAAGGUGGCAGUUGAUGGGACAGACGAGGACAAAGAUAACACAACUGUGUCCAGCUCCAAGACUGUUAGCUCAGAGACCACCAGUGGCACCACAGUCACCACCACUACCACUCACAUCUCAAAGGUAGUGAAAAGUGGAUCUACAGAGACUCGUGUGGAGAAGAGGAUUGUCAUAACUGCGGACUCUGACAUCGACCAAGACAAGGGGAAAGACGGCGGAGCAUCAGCAUUGUAACUGAAUCACCACCUGCAUUUAUUCCUUUGAGUCUCCACCUCAGACACACUCUGACCAGCUCUAUCUGCGCACACAUAUCCAAAAGGAAAUAUCUCAUAAAUCUGCACCUAACUGAGUAGAUAAAUCUUAGUAGAUCCUCUUUGUUUAUUUUUGUUUUUCAGUUGUAGGUAGAGGAGGGCUGCACAAAUACUCAUCCAGGUGUUAAGAAAAGCUUAGUGAAAAGACUUUUAUCGGUAAGAAAAAUCAACAAAAAAAACAGCAUUUUCAGUUGAGUGAUCUCAGUUACGUUUGCUUUUAAAUGCUUUUAUUUUCCUAGUGGUUUUUACGUUGUUGAUUUUAUACAAAUGCACUGUUUCCACUGUAGUUUAGACACCAUCAUCAGCAUUUAUUCCCUUGGUGCUGCUCGGGGAACGUUAAGACUACAUUCAAGGGAAUUCUUUUUGUCGUUGUUUACUUGUCUAUUUAAUUCAGGAGCGACGUCUUUCUUAAAAAUGACAUACCUCACAUCGAUAUGUGAACAAAGAUAUUCUGUGCUCAAAUUUGGACAGUUGUUUGGCGUAGUUCACUGCUCAGGUACAAAAAGAAAAACAUAAAAAAUCAUUUCUUCCCUAACCAGCCAGGAACCAGUAGCCUAAACAUUGUUGUAAAGUUUGAAUUAAAUAUGGAUCUAUUUUGAAAUAUUUCUCUAUUUUAUAGAAUUGAUGCUUUUAUAGUAUUUGUACAAAAUUUGAGGUUUUUAAGUUAUUCAUCCAUCUGCUCAUUAUAAAUUGUAGGUUACCAUUGUGCUGUUCACGGAACUUUGAGGUCUCUACUUAAGCUUACCUGUCUUGCCUGACACCCUGAAUCAUUCUUACUCGUUUCCUCUUGUAGUCCACCAAGUUUAUGACACCUUUCACGAUUUCAAUGGAGUGCUUCCCUCAGCCCUGUUUUUGUUCAGUAGCAUAGAUGUCAUUAAAGCUUUGAAUAUAUUUGGUUGACAAGAAAAGUUUCACACGCUUCGGUCUGUUUAUCUCAGGUUUUGAUAUUCUUUGUAAGACUACAGACCUCCAUAUGAUUGUACGAGGAAUGUCCAUAUAUAUGUAUAUCCAUCCCGACUUUAAAUGUACAUUUAUGUUCAGCCAAGUGAGGUCAAUAAAUGCAAAGCUUGUCUGUCACAGUAACCACACAUGUAAGAGGUGAAGGCAGCUGUCCCAGUAUAUGUGGCUUUUCUCUCAUAGGAGCACAAGUUGUCUUUUUUACAUGUUCUACUAUACAGUAAUUUAUUUGUAAAGUAGGAACCGUCUCGUGUGAUUUGAUGUACUGUGAUGUUUCAACACAAGCUGGUUUCCAGGCUUCCAACUAGAGAUGUCACAAUGUGAAAUAAUUGCAUUAAUUAUCAACCAAGUUUGUAAAGCCUUUUUACCACAUAGUCGAAGUAGAUUGCUCUCACUUGCUGUUUCCUGUGCUUUUUUCCAUAGAAGAGAAAAUGCUUAAAAUAUAUACGAAUCCCUUUUUAGAUAGCAUGUUUGUUAGCAAACUUUUUUAACCCAAAAAAAGCCAUUGGUAUUGUAGCUACAUGGACAACAACAGAAACCUCUCCUGGAAGAAAAAUGUAGAAUUUCACAUGAAGAAAAUAGUUUUUAGAAAAUGGAAAAUAUUGUUGCUUUGUGACUUAUCCCUGUCUUUUUAUGAAAAAAUAAAAUAUGCAUUAUUUUGCAUUUUA